UCAUGACCAAAAUUUAAACUUAGUUCUUUGCUUUUCAAUUCUUCAGUAUGAGACUACAUCUCUGCAGUACAAGAUUAAUUUAAUUUAAUGCUUUUUACAUAUAAUUUUCAGAGGUGUCAGGACUAAUGCUGAAAACCUCAAUUUGGAGUUGUUUUUCGUCUUCCCAGAAAUAUAGUUUUAUCACACAAUGUUGGACAACAAUGUCCAGGAAAUGCAACAAAAACUUUUUAAACUAACAUUUUCGAAAUUGCUGUUAUCAAGAUCAACGUUAAAAAUCAAUUUUAGAAGAGUUGCUUUUACUUUGAAAAGCUCCACCGGAAACGUAUUAGUGAACGAACCCAUAAGUUGUAUGUGAGAGGGGGGGUGUACACAGUUAUGGUUACGUUGGACUAACGAAUAACAUACAACUUUAUACAAUUUGUUAAUUUUAAGACUGUUAGUGGAAUUAUAAGAGAUGAUAAUGUUGAGCUUACGAUUGAAACUUGAGUUGUAUAUUUGCAGCUAAAUCAUGCGACUAGAGAAAGCCCAUUUCCGGUUUGUGAAGCGCCAAAACAGAAACAUCUGUUUACGCCGAGUUAUACACAGAAGCUGGAAAGAGGCUCGGAGAAAACAGGUGGACAUUUUUUCGUAAAUAUAGCGUUAAUGUAAGAAACCGAGCUACUAGGAGCGGAGUCUGUAAACUGUAAACUAUUGAAGCUAACAAGUUGAUUUAUUACUAGUUCCCGAGAGGAAAGUUUUUCUUCUUGAGGCUUCAGUUUUAUUUAUUUUUACUUUUCCAACCGCAAAUCUAAUUCAACCAAAAUGUAGGUUUAGUUCUGCUUGAAAUUUACCUUAAAUAGGGGGGAAAAAAACGUGUCUGAACCAUUUUUUGUUUAUGCUACAUACUUCUCUGUUGCCUUAUUCAAUAUUACGUCAUAUUUGAUAUAUAUUUUAUUACAAGGGAAUGUUUCUCAGUGAAGUAGAAGGAAACAGUUACAUGUUGAUCCAAUGUUUAUUAUAAAACCUUCACUUUGCUGCAAUCACAGCUGCAAGUGUUUUGGUGAGUUUCCCAUCAUUAUUGCACAUAAAGACUGAUAUCUUUGCUCAUUCUUCUUGGCAAAACGUUAAAGCUCAGUGAGAUUGGAUGGAACUUCAGUCUUUGAUUCUCAAAUAGAUGUAGGUUUUAACGUUAACUGGGCUUUUCUAACACAUGAAUACGCGUUGACAUCAUAAUUGUUGCUCUGUCUGUAUGUUUAUGGUUAUUGUCCUCCUGGAAGGUGAGCAGGAAGAGAUCUGCAACCUUUACAAUCCUAAAAGCCAAUUUUUGCUUUUUUUUGUUGCCAUUUCUAAUAGAAUUCAUUUUCACGAAAAAUGUUUUAUGGCCAGAAUGUACUUUAUUGUAAUGAAUGAAUGAAUGCUUAAUUUACAAGUCAUUUAAUAUAGUGCACCAUGAUGCUUCAAUAUGAGUUCCUUUUGAGACCUUCACUGAUCAACUGGGUGUAUGAAAUUACUCACAGAUGGUCUAUACUAAUUGAGUCCCUUUGAAUGUAAAAGGUUGCACUGGGUUUUAUUGUAGGGAGUGAAAGUAAAAGGGUGUGAAUAUAAAUGAAUGCAGCACUCUGUAGAUUUUUAUUUGUAAAAGAAAAAAAAACAUUUACCAUUUACUUCUUCACAAAUAUGCACUCUGUAGUGUUGGUCUAUAUGAAUACUUUUCUUGGUAAAUCCUGCAAAAGCUAAAUGAUUAAAAAAAAAUCUAAUCUGAGAAACUUCUUUUAGUCUUGCUUCUGUCUUAUCAUUAGCUAUUAAAGUAGAGGAUAGGAUCAAAGCUUUUAAAAGUCUCAUUUUAAAAAGUAAAAACUGAAUUUUCUCACUGAAGUUUUACACAUUUAAAAUGUUACAUGUUAACUCACCAAAGCCAUACAUUGUCAUUGUUUACCAACACUUAGCAUUUCCGUCCAAGGCCAUUUGAACUCUGUUUUCUUCUUAUUUUGGGAUUAUCCUGUUAAAACAGAAAAUUGUGCAACAUCUCCUUUUUCUUUGCAGACUCAUUGAAUUGCAUAUAAGUGGUUACCAGGACCUAAGGAUGAGCAGGUGGGGUGAGAGGCUGAAGAAGGUGGAGCGGCUGGCUCAGUCGUUUCAGCAGAACCCCUUGACGACGCCGUACAAACCUCGGCUGUGGCCGUACCAGCCCUCCUCUGUCUGGAAACUCUUCCCUCGACAAACCCUGGCCAUCAGCUUCGCUCACAGCUGCAAAGAGGCUGUUCAUGUCUUUGCACUUGAAAAAGAAAAAGCCUCGUUGGGUCAAAGGAUUUACCUGGUCACAAGUUACAGCGAACUGUGGCAUUAUUACAGGGUGUACCCGCAGUCCUUGAUGCAUUGUUAUGAGGUGAUACCAGAGGGGGCGGUGUGUAAGCUGUACUUUGACUUGGAGUUUCACAAACCCUCAAACAAAGGGUCUGAUGGAAACUCUAUGGUUUCCCUGUUCAUCAAGUAUGUCUGCAACAAGUUGGUGGAAGUUUAUGGGAUUGAAUGCUCUGUGAAAAAUGUGCUGAACCUGGAUUCCAGCACGGAGGAAAAGUUCAGUCGACAUCUUAUCUUCAUGCUACAAAACGCAGCUUUUAAAGACAACAUCCAUGUUGGUAGAUUCAUCCAUGCUAUUCUUCAACCCGUGAUAAGCAAGCUCAAAAGCGACAGCCGUCUUCAUAAAGAGGACAUUUCACUGACAGACAACAGACACACAAAUAUUGAUUCUGAACUAGCUCAGAGUCCAGAUGUGAAAAGGCAGAAACAGGAAGUGAUAGAUCUCAGCUUCCUGCUGGUGAAAAACAAGGACGGUCGUAACGGUCUUUUUGUUGAUCUGGGUGUGUACACCAAGAACAGGAACUUUCGGCUGUACAAGUCCUCAAAGGUGGGGAGGAACGCAGCAUUCACCGUGGCUGAAGACAACCAGUUCACUGCCAAACCUGAUAAAGAAAAGUCUGCUGAGGAAAAUGUCUUCCUGGCAUCUUUAGUGUGUAAUGUCAGUUUCACGGGCCAGAGGAUUCUUACAUGGGAGGCCCCAGAAACAAAAGAUGUUAAAAGUCCAACAGCACAAAGUCAGCAGGAACUCGAUUCAAAUCAAGGCACAUUUUCUGGCUGCCUGUCUUCUCCUUACAAAGAAGUGGACAACUUUGUGUUUGCCUUGGUCAGAAAGGAUGGGGUUCAGGGAAGCAUUCGACGAUGGAAUUUCUUUGCUGCAGACCAACUUCUUGUCUAUGACAUUGCCAAAUACCGCUGGUGUGAAAAUGUGAGCAGGUUCCAUAAGAGCAACAACAUCAUGAUCAUUGUGGACCUUAAAGAGGAAGUCUGGUACCAGAAGUGUCAUGAUCCAGACUGCAGGAACUUCAGGUCCUCAAGUUUCCCACUUCCACAAGAGAUCUGUGUCAGCUACAUCCUGACUCUGGAUGAAGAGGAUCAGGCGUACCUAAUGGACGACUCUGGCAACAUUGAACCCACCCAGGCCCCAAACAGCUCCAUGCAUCCGACAGACACUCCUGAAGUGUGGGGAGAUGAGCAGGAUGAGCGUGAAUUUUUAAAGAGCCUGAAUGAUUUUGAACAAAGAAGUACUGAGAUCCCAGAUGAACUUCUACUCACAUGUGUGGCAGACUUUGACUCCUAGCGGGCGACUAAGAUCGGUGUUUCCAGUCGCCACAGCAGAACAUACUCCGAAACAAAUCAUACACAUUUUUGUAAAAAAAUAAUAAUACUGCAGUCACUUUAAUGUUCUUAUAACUUUAUUAAUGUGCAAUAAUCUGUUUAUUAAAUGUUUCUGAAGUCCAAACAGAAUUGCAUAUUUUAUAGAUUUAUAAACAAAAAGUUGUCCUAUAAAAUGAUAAACACAACAGAGAACUUCGCAAAAAUGUUGAAAGAAGAUAUUUUAUUUGACAAUGCUUUCAAAGAAAAUUUCAUUCCCCUCCCCCAUUUUUUAUACAAGAGACAUAAAAAUGCAACAGAGCUUAUAAUGUCAACGAGAUAUGAUAUAUUGAGCUGUGCAGAGAAUGGCUCUAAAUUGAAAUGAGACACUUUGUUUUUAGGCAACUUGAAGAUUUCAGACCAUCACACAAAGACUUUUGAGUUAACUUGCCGUCUUCCAGAAAAUUAUCACAAGAAAACAUCCUCCUUCUAAACGUGUAAUAUAUAUAUAUGUAUAAAUACAAGCUUAAAAAACUUUUAUCUUGAAUCCUGUGGCAUCCUUUUUUUUU